AUGGUUAAGAUUCAAAACCAGGCCUAAGAUGCAAAGCAUAACCCAACCUUAGCUUGCUUGCCCCAACCAUCGCCCUAUCGCAGCCAAAGACCAAUAACCUUGAUUUCUAGGCCUCUCUUUUUCCCUACCCUUCUCCUUCAAAUACACACCAGACCAUGGAUUAGCAAAUCAAUAUUUCUCAAGCAGUGAAGUUUCAGAACAGGCCUCGAUCGUCUCAAACUAUGGACGCCUUGCUCAAGCAAAUGAGAUAUUCCCGCACAAGAAGUGAAAAGACAGACGAGGCUGGCAGCAUCACGGAUCGAAGAAUACCACCUCAAAAGACUCAAAAUUUCAAAGAGAAGAAAAACUGGUUACAAAGACAGUUCUCUGGAAAAAAGAGUCAGGAUUAUGAUUCAAGCAAUGGAGUUGAGUAUGCAGCCACAGUACUAGCAGCUGCUGCAUUUGCCAUCAACACCCUUGACGAACCAGGCAUCCCAGAUCAGAAAAAGGACGACAAAGCAAUUUUGACACAAGAAGCUGGAACUGGUAGGGUAUCCAAGCGAUUCUCAGGUGAAUCUUCAAUGAAAAUUCCUGAAAGCCAAGAUAGAAAGAAGCCUGUAACUGCUGCUGAAACAACUGGAAAGGCACCUGAAAAGCCCAUAGGGCGUCCCCCUUCAAUUAAAAAGGCUCCAACUUUUGCUGAGCAUCUGAAAAGCCCCAACAGUAUAAAACCUGAUCUGCCUACCACAACACCAAUUGACAUUCAAAGUCAGAGCUCAAGGAGAUCUGCAACGGAAGAAACAGAGGCAGAUGCUUGGCAGAAAGCCGAGUUGGCUAAAAUCAAAGACAAGUAUGAGAAGUUAACUUCCACCUUAAAUUCCUGGGAGGAAAAGAAGAGGAAAAAAGCCAGAAGCCAACUCGACAGGAUCGAGAGUGAACUGGAGAGAAGAAGGCAAAAAGCCAUGGACGAUUUCCGCAGGGAGAUUGAAUACAUUGAGGAGAUUUCAGUUGGAGCAAGACAGAAGGCAAUGGAAAAGCGAAGGGCUGAAGAGUUGAAGGCGAAGGAAAAGGCAAACAUACUUAGAACUACGGGGAGAGUUCCUAAGACAUGUUUCUGCUGCCAAAUCAUUAAUGCUCAAGCACUAAAGUUUCAGAACAGGCCUUGUCUCAAACUACUGGACGCUUUGCUCGAACAAAUGAGCAAUAUCCACAUCGUCCCGAAAUGGAGGAAGAGCUCAAUGAGAUAUAAACCAGAAGAAGAAGAAGAGGCAGAUGCUUGGGAGAAUGCCGAGUUGGCUAAAAUCAAAGAUAGUUGGAAUUUCAGGUAUGAGAAGUUAAAUUCCACGUUACUUUCCUGGGAGGAAAAGAAGAGGAAAAAAGCCAGAAGCCAACUGGACAGGAUAGAGAGUGAACUGGAGAGAAGAAGGCAAAAAGGCGUGGACGACUUCCGCAGGGAGAUUGAAUACAUUGAGGAGAUUUCAGUUGGAGCAAGACAGAAGGCAAAGGAAAAGCUAAGCGCUGUAGAGUUGAAGGCGAAGGAAAAGGCAAACAUACUUAGAACUACGGGGAGAGUUCCUAAGACAUGUUUCUGCUGCUGACACCUGACUGUAAUCAGUUUAUCUUGUUUUCUCAUGAACAAUCUUUAAACUUCUUUAAAAUGUAAAUAUUAAUUUCACAGUUUCUUGUCUAACUCAAAGCGCCAAUUCUAACGCGAUGGGAAGGAAACUCUUUGUAU